UUGUUUACCUUUUUGAGACGAUGAGUUUUCCUUAACCUUUUUUCUGGGUUAACUAAUUAACUUAAUCACUUGUGUUAAUUAUUAUUUAUUUCGAUUGAUUUACUUUCUCCAUGGAUCAUUAAGGAUCUGGUUAAUCAGUUUUAGCUCCUUUGGUGUUUUGUUUAUCACAUUGGAAAAAGAUUUGGAACAAUAAAGAGGAAGAGGGUCUGUUGACGAUUUCGUUGGUUUGGUUUUGAGACCAGUUUGUUUUUUUUUGUUCGUAUCCAAUUUGUAUAUUUCAUUGAUAUUGGGGUUCCUUUUGUCAUCGUUAUGGGUUAUGAUGUUAAAAGAUUUUCUGAUUUAGGUUUUCUUGCUGAAGACAUUACCUGUCCAAUAUGUAUGAGUGUUUUUAAAGAUCCAGUUACUACAAAAUGUCGUCAUACUUAUUGCCGAGAAUGUAUAUCUGAAUGGUUGGCUCGACAUCAAACCUGUCCCCUUGACAAAUUGGUAAUUGACCUUUAUGCUGGACUUACCAAGCCACCAAUUUUUGUUAUAAAUAUUUUGGGUCGAUUGAUGAUCUCCUGUGACUAUAAGGAAAAAGGUUGUCAGGCAAUAGUUAAAUUAGAGGAUUUAGUUGAACACGUAUCAAGUUGCCCGUUUAGUCCUAAACCAGUGGUUAGCCAAAUGUUGAUUAAUUUAACCAAAUUUGCCAAUCAUUUAAAAUUUCCAUCAUUAGCUUCAUGGUUAAAUCGAGUUAAUCAACCACGAGUUAAUCAAUCAGAACGUCCACCCACACCUCCAGCUCGAUUUAGAAUCAGGUCGAGGCUAAGACACACUGAACUCGCCAGACAACGGGAACAACGGGACGAAUCAGAGAGAGAAGAAGAUUUAACAAGCAUCCUAUUCGUUUUCUUAAUCAUUCUCUUAUUCGCUUUAUACUUGGGAAUUCUGGUUCGAUUAACUGUCGAGAUUUUUCUUAUUUUCCUCUUCGAACAUAUAUCAAUAGUCCUUUUUGGAAUACUUUUAGUGCUUAUUGAUUUUGUUCCUCAGCCUCUUUCACCUAAUCAUCAAUUCGAUGAGUUAUUACCUUAGAAAUAUCUUAUUCUGGUCUAAUUUCAUUUUGAUUCCUAAACAAACAAAAACAGAUUAAUUACUCGUUGAACGAUUUAAUUUUUCUGUCUCUACCCUUGAUUCUAUUAUCAUAAAUUGUAAUUCAUAUUUUUAAUUGUUCUCUGGGUGCCUUGAUUAAUCCAAAUUUCGACUUUUUUCUCUUCGUCUUCUUCCAUCAACAACUUUUGCUCAUCAUCAUCAUCAUCUACUCAAUCAACAAUCAACGUUACAAUUUGUAUUCCUUGUCAAUCAAAUUACUUUAUUUUCAAAGUAAUCAAGGGAAUUUGAUUCCUUUGCAUCUUUAAUUUCUUGUUUUUCCUUUCAAACAUUUCACAUUUCUAACUGUGAUCACAAGUCAAAUCGUAAUCAAAUCACAAAUUGUUGCAAUCAAAUCAUAUCAAUAUAAAUAUUUAUGACUUAUAAAAUAACGAAAACAACAACAA